AUGGCUAGUAGACGUGUUUUAGUAUUAGAUGAUCAUCAGAUUGGAUCAAUGAUUGAAGGACAUUCAUGGUCAGAGUUUAUUGAUGAUGAUGAUGAUAUUGAAUUAUAUAUUUUUACAAGUGAAGGUGCUUUAUCUGAAAAAGACAAAUCGUCUCCACGUGUUCGUGCUUAUAAAGAAGUUGCUCAUCCAACAACAGAUGGUACACUUGAAAUAUGGUCAUUUGAAAUGCAUAAAAAAUAUUCAUUUACACAUGUUUAUACAAAUAAUGAAGAUUUAAUUAUAAGAACAGCUCAUAUACGUACAUUACUUAAUAUAAAAAAUGGUUUAACAGCUGAAACUGUUCCAGCUUAUCGUGAAAAAGUUCGUAUGAAAGAAUUUGCUUCGAAAGGUGGUUAUCCUGUUCCACCAUUUCAACGUUUAUUUGCACCAGCUGAUCUUAUUGGUUUUAUUGAAAAACAAGGAUAUCCUGUUGUAGUUAAACCAACUCUUGGUUGUGCUUCAGCUGGUCUUAGUUUAAUUAAAACUGAAGAAGAUUUACAUACAUUUCUUUCAACAAAACUUUUCGCAUCUAUUGAUGUUGAUCAACGAAUGGAUUUAGUUGGUGAAUUUAUGGCUGAAGGAUAUAUGAAAGGUGGCAUGUUUCAUGUUGAUGGUAUUGCGAAGAAUGGUCAAAUUAUACAUGCAUGGCCAUUUGUUUAUAUUCAUACAUGUUUAAGUUUUUGUCAAGAUGGAUCAGCUUAUGGAAAUUCAUCUGUUCCUCGAUCAAAUCCACUUCAUGAUCGUUUAAUUAAAACUGCACAACGUCUUUUAAAUAUUUUACCUACACCAUCUGAUGGUUUAGUAUUUCAUUUAGAAUUAUAUGAAAAUCUUGAUGAAAAUCGUUUACCUGAUGAUGAUUUUGUUUUAUGUGAAAUAGCUGCUCGUGCACCUGGUGCUUCAAUAACACAUCUCAUUGAUUUAUUAUCUUUUCAAAAUGAUAAAAAACAAUCAUUUGCUCGAUUAGAUUUUCGUAUAAGUGUAUCAUUACCAAUACCAGAAUCUAUCGAUGAUGAAGAAAAAGUUGUUUCAGAUCUUAUUGUACCACGUAAACCGGGUAAACUUAUGUAUAUACCACGGGAAUGUCCAAUACCUGAUAUAAAAUAUAUACCAUUAGCUGAUACUGAAAAGCCAACAGUUUUUGAAAAAUAUGAUGUAAAUGGUAUGAAUAGUUCUUGUCGUUUUAUAGCAGAAACAAAGACAAUGGAACAUGGACAAGAAUUAGUCGAAAAAGGUUUUGAAUGGUUUGAAAGUGUGUUCAUAAAUACACCACUUGAUGAGCCAUGUACUGUCUCAUUAAUGAAAGAACUUCAUCGUUAUUUUCAUAGAAAAAUUUUUAAAUAA